CUUACUGCUCGGGCUUCGUGGGCGGCUGGGAUGAUGAUGCGCAGCGAGCAGCCCACUGCAAGUUGGCAAUUAACCUUGGCUGGACAAAGAGUUGGCGGCGGCAGAACGACCUACAGCAGCAGCGGUACGAGUUAUGGAUUUUGUUUUAUCAGUCAGCUGGCAGCCAGCUACCAACGGCUACACGGUAAGAAUUCGGGGCCAGCCCAGCGAUACUUCAGGCAUUCAAUUGGAGGAGAUUGUAUCUUGAAUGCUGGACUUAUGGGGCACUUCUUGGACAUGGACCACGCUCAGACGAGCCAUUAA